AUGAGUUCGCACGAGAAGAAGAUCUUGGUCGUCUUGGGCGCUACCGGAAAUCAGGGUGGCUCUGUAGUUCGAGCAUUUCUGAACGACACAACUUUGUCCAGCUUUUGGCACGUACGAGGUGUAACUCGAAAUCCAUCCUCUGAGUCCGCGGUCAAAUUAUCAAAGCUUAGAGCGGAAAUGGUCUCUGCCUCCCUCGGCUCCGUCUCGGAGCUCAAGUCAGCGUUCGAAGACGCAACGGCGAUCUUUGCAGUGACAGACUUCUGGAGUGCGAUCAAGACCGAAGAGGUCAAACACAGGGUCCAAAGCGAAGAAAUUGACCUCGCUAUUGCUACUCGGGAUCUAGAGGAGACUUGGGGCAGGAAUAUUGCAACAGCGGCAGCCGAAAUACCGACUCUAGAGCGCUUCGUCUUUAGCAGUCUCCCACCUGUCUCCCAACUCAGUCAAGGAAAGCUGAAGCACGUUCACCACUUUGACGGCAAAGCCAACGUUCUCCAAUAUAUUCGACAAGAACAUCCCACACUCUGGGCCAAGACUUCACAGAUUUUGGUUGGAUUCUACAACUCCAAUAUUUUACCCGACUCAUAUUUCGGACCCAAAUUCAAUCCAGUGACAGGAAAAGUCGAGUUCGAGGGGCCCGUGAGUGACGACAAUCUUAUACCAUUCAUCGAUGCUUCGUCCAGCACCGGACAUUUUGUCAGGGCUCUGGUUCUUGAUGCGCCAGCGGGUACAAUCCUGGCGGCUUACGACGAGAUGAAGUCGCUCGGAGAGUGCGUCGAGUUUCUACGUAGGGAAACGGGUCGGAACUUUGUUUUUGUGCAAAGAAAUGUCGAAGAGAUGGCGGCCGAAUCGCCGCUAGGUCGUGAGGCUCCUGAAAGCUGGGUCUGGCUCGCAGAAUAUGGUCUCUUUGGAGAGAAAGUUGAAGAAUGGAAACAGCUCCUGACAUUACCCGGAGGUCUAGAAGAUAGGAUUGGAACGGUCAAAGUCGACGAAUGGCUUUCAGCACAGGACUGGAGCAAGGCCUUUCAAUCGGCUUAG